AGCUUGUUUAAAAACGGAUUGUCACGAGUGCGCAAACAUAGAAGUAAAGUAAAAACACCCUCUAUGGUUCCACGCCAAUUUACAUGUAAUACGUCAGUGUAACUUCAUGAAAGCUCAUGGGCUCAGCUCUCAUUUCCACGUCUCACGUUAGAUUUUUACGCCAAAGUUAAAUCAUUUAAUUUUUCAUAACCAGUUGCCUAAUUUUAGAAACGGAUCAGUCAACCAACUGUCAGUUUUGUGUGUGUGGGGGGGGGGGUGGAUAUGGGAUGCCCAAUUGCAUGGAUAGGUCAUUAUGUAGAUGGAAAAAAAUUAUAGAACACUCUUUUCCGCUAUACUAUAAUAAUAAUUAGUGGUCUUAUACUUAAAUAGCGCGGUACCCCAGCCUAGGGCUGAGCUCACCGCACUGUACAUAAAAAUAUUAGCAAAAGAGACAUAAUCAUGACAUUAAAAUAAAUUACAUUUAUGAAAUAAAGAACAGCGAGUAACCAAAACAACAAAAACAAAUGUAUAUUCACCCACCUCACCCCCCAGAACUUUUACAUGGCAAGCCAUGGACGGCAGCCAGCAGGAUCGUUUAUGGGUCAGAGGAGGGGAAUCAGUCAGGGUAGUAUAGUUUAAAGAGAUGUGUUUUGAGUGCAGCUUUGAAGGCCUGGGUGGUUGGUAUAUUACGGAUGUGUAGUGGCAAAGAAUUCCAUUGUUUGGGGGCGCAGAAAGAGAAAGAUCGUUCACCAUAUGUUUUAGAGUGUGUCUUGGGAACGGAAAGAAUACGCGUGUCUCCAUAUUAUUAUCCUUAUGACAACAAAAAAAAAUAAGUAGAGUGAUAUACACGAACUACACACAAAGAACUAAAAAUUACAGCGCCCCCUAUCAACAAAGCGAGUACCCUUUAUUUCCCAAUAGCAUUGCGCCAUUGUCAGAACGCUACAAAAGAAAGAAUUACAGCACCCCCUAAUAACCAAGGAGAGUACUCAUUAGUAUCCAACAGCACUGCGGCAUCAUCAGUAUGCAGCAUCAAUCUUAAUAUGACGUCGAAAUGUUGGUUUUUUUUUGUUUUUUGUUUUUUUUAAGGAGAGCGUUGGGUAAAGGGAUUCUCAUGUUAGCUUGAGUGGACCUUUAAGUCGUUUAUUUACUUAUCACAAUACGGGGCGUCCAUAAGUGCGUCACGCUUUGGUGAAAAAAAAAAAAAGGGGGGGGGGGGAUCCAAGAAAGCGUGACAGUUUGUGACACGGGGGAAGGGGGUAAAGAUAUUUUGUGACGUAACACAUGCUAUAUUAAAAAAUAAAACCUAAAAUUGACAAGCGAUGUUAAACUUUCUUUUGUUAUAGAUCUAGAUGUUUUCUGACAGGUUUCACUUUUAUGCAUUUAAUAGCUAAACAGAAAGUGUUUUUAACAUUAUAUUUUAAUUGUUAAACAAUAUUUUAAUUCGAAAGACUGACGUACUUUGGAGGAAGGGCACCCGGAAGUUUUGACCGGGGGGGGGGGGGUUAAAUUUUCCCAAACUAGCUUCAAGUACUUGGCCCCAUAAAGUAAAAAAAAACAUCAAAGUGCCCUCCUGGACCCAACUUAUGACUGACAUACACAAACAUUUUCGUCUUCACUAUCACACUGAUAACACAUUCUAUUGCAGCCAGGGUUUCUUUCAGCAAAAUUUUACAGCCCACAAACACACACUAACAUGAAAAUUUUCUGCGUGGAUACUCAAAACUGCUGCGCGGUGUCUGUGAGUUAGCUGCGCGGCCGCGCAGCUUAAAGGGAACAUUAGCUACAUCUUCACCAGACCGUAUAGCUACAUCUCCACCAGACCUUAUAGCUACACCUCCACCAGACCUUAUAGCUACAUCUCCACCAGAAUUUAUAGCUACAUCUCCACCAGACCUUAUAGCUACACCUCCACCAGACCUUAUAGCUACAUCUCCACCAGACCUAAUAGCUACACCUCCACCAGACCUUAUAGCUACACCUCCACCAGACCUUAUAGCUACAUCUCCACCAGACCUUAUAGCUACACCUCCACCAGACCUUAUAGCUAUGCCUCCACCAGACCUUAUAAGCUUCAUCUUCACCAGACAACGUGUAUGCCCAUUCAGCUGCAAGCUACCAGGAACCAUGUCUAGACAGCUGCACUUUGCGCGCUCUCUGCUGACCAACAUGAAAUCCGAUCGAGGCCUCACAUGGCGUGUGGCUCCCUUGGCCAACCAGAAGAGGGGCUUUUCAGGCACCCCGGGAGACGGCUCGGGCAAAGGCGGCGGCGGUGGGGGUGCAAUUAGAAGCGCCGGGGGCGGCUUGGGAAAACGAGCGGUAGGUGUUUAAUCUUAUAAUUAAAUGUAACCAAACUGGCAAGUCGUUUUCAUAUCAUGUCCUAUGUACAGCAGGCAGUGAUAUCAAGAGAGAAUGCACAGCAGGCAGUGAUAUCAAGAGAGAAUGCACAGCAGGCAGUGAUAUCAAGAGAGAAUGCACAGCAGGCAGUGAUAUCAAGAGAGAAUGCACAGCAGGCAGUGAUAUCAAGAGAGAAGAACAAAAUCGAUAAAGUUUCAAACGAAGCGGUCGAUGAGGAAAGUUUUCUCAUAUUUGUGAUGUGUUAAAAUUUGUUACAAUGAUUGACCAUUGUAUUUUUUCUUUAGAUCAGUGGUUCUCAACCUGUAUGUCCGAGACCCCUCUGGGGGGAAUGGGGGGGGGGGGGGGUGGUGGAACGCCCUUUACACAGGGGCCACUUAAGUCCAUCGGAAAACCCAUUGUCAUGAUUUUUUCUUUAGAUCAGUGGUUCUCAACCUGUAUGUCCGAGACCCCUCUGGGGGGAAGGGGGGGGGGGGUGGGUGGUCGAACGACCUUUACACAGGGGUCACUUAAGUCCAUCGGAAAACACAUUGUCAUGAAGUGGCGACGAAAAUAAUGUCAAUGGUUAUGGGUCACCACAACAUCAGGAACUGUAUUAAAGGCCCUCGGUACUAGGAAGGGUGAGAACCCAUGCUUCAGAUUCUCCAAACACGGGCUGCGUCUUGUGGGAAGAGGUCAAAGUGACCUAAAUGAACCUCGCGAGACGCACACUUACCUUGUACCUGUUACAAGCGUAAGGAAAGAAGAUGACGUGACUUAGAAACAUCUAUCUCACAAUUUUGAUGUGGCGCGUGCAUUCUUAACUUUGAUCUUUAUUUGAGUCAGACAGUACUCAUUCGAUCAUUCAUUCCGUCAUUCAUUCCAUCAUUCAUUCGAUCAUUCAUUCCAUCAUUCCAUCGAUCAUUCAUCUGUCAUUAGUUUUUCACCGUUCUUCAUGUGUAAUUAAGGUAGAAAAAAACUUAUAACAAUAAAAAAAAAAUAACAUGCACAAUAUGCGUUGCUUGGAUAUGACAUGUAGUAUAUCUGUUGAUUUGAUAUAACAUGUAGUAUAUCUGUUGAUUCCAGAUAACAUGAACUAUUUUUGCUGAUUCGACAUAGCAUGUACGAUACAUAUACGUUGAUUCGAUAUAACAUGUACUGUAUACGUUCAUUAGAAACACAUUGAUGAUUAUUUUUUAUAUUGGAUGUUUAAAGUAUCCAUUCCCUGACACAGCCCCCAACCCCUUUUUUUAACGCUGUAUCCAAAUCGCUGGGAGUCGAUUCUCCCUUGGAAAUCCCAGAUCUGUACGUCUUAAUCUCUAGGGAUCGGUAAUUAUUUACUGCAUAAUCAUUUCGCUCCGUUUCUCAUAUUUGGGAUACGCUUUAGUCAGCAAACUAUCCCAUCUCAUCCCUAUGACGUAAUAAGUUAUCCUUUAAACACCUGAGGACAGAAAUGUAUUAAUUUACUGGACUGCUCUUACGAGACUUUUUUUUUUCCCACUGAAGGCCACCCAAGAGGAGAAAUAUUUCCACGACGAAGAGCUGCGUCAGUUGAGGAAGAUGAAGGAGAAGAUGCUGGAGAACUACAGGCUGGAGAUGAGCUUUCACGAGAAGCAGCUGAUGUCUCACAAGGACAGUCUGAAGAUGCACCAGGAGCUGCUGAAGAGGUGAGUCUAGAGUGCCGGCGGUGGGGGAUCACGGCUGGCAAAGGCGUAACUAAAUGGGGAGGGGGUUUGGAGAAUGGUGCAGCCAGCCAUUCAUUAUAGGUAUACACCGAAAAAGGUGGGGGGGGGUUGUAAUUCAGCUUCCGUGGCCGUGAGUCUAAAUAAUGACUACAGCAACUCUGUAAACGUCAUUGCAAAAUAACUAAUUCUUUUUUCUUUUUUUUUAAAUUUUUUUUCCCAUGGCAAAGGCGUAACUAAAUGGGGAGGGGGUUUGGAGAAUGGUGCAGCCAGCCAUUCAUUAUAGGUAUACACCGAAAAAGGUGGGGGGGGGGGUUGUAAUUCAGCUUCCGUGGCCGUGAGUCUAAAUAAUGACUACAGCAACUCUGUAAACGUCAUUGCAAAAUAACUAAUUCUUUUUUCUUUUUUUUUAAAUUUUUUUUCCCCUUUUUUCUGAAGGGGUUUGGGGGGGGGGUGACACUCUCCGACACAAAUCGUUAUCAAGUAAUUGAUUGUUUAACAUAAUUCCAUUCCCUGUAGGGAAGGCAACAAGGAUUCGAUACAGGAGAAGAUCGUGGAACACGAGCAAGGGUUGAGGAAAGAGGAGCUGGCUAUCAAGGACAUUCAAGAAAUGAUGAAGAAAUUGGAACAGUGACCGCCCCCCCCCCCCUUUUUUUUUUCGAUUCUUAAAAUUUUCUGCAGUUGCUGGGUUUUUUUUUUUUGGCGGUGCUUUGCAAUUUGUGAAGGUAGUUUUACCGCAAAAGAUGUGCACUGAUUGAUUGUAGCCCUGAUUGUGUGUUCUUGAUGUUUGUACUCUGGCAGUGAUUGGUAUAUGUCCAUGUCGUUGAAAGAUGUCCAUGUCGUUGGCAGAUGUCCAUGCGAUUGGCAGAUUUCCAUGUCGUUGAAAGAUGUCCAUGUCGUUGGCAGAUGUCCAUGUGAUUGGCAGAUUUCCAUCUCGUUGAAAGAUGUCCAUGUUGUUGGCAGAUGUCCACGUCGUUGGCAGAUGUACAUAAGUCAUUUAGUUGCUAAUUGUCACCAAAUUUUGUCGCCCACCAGAUGCUGGUACCAGAUGCGACCAUCUAAUAUUUUGAAACGGAUGCUAAUAAAAUAAAAUAACAAAAGAAUUAUAUAUUAGACGCCAUUCCUGGCUCAGUCAUUUUGUGGGGGAAAUUAACUUUGGGGAUUGUGGAAGUGAAGCUAAAAUUUUAAACAACAUAUUUUCAAUUUAAAAGAUUAUUAAUCUGGAAAUUCUAAAAGUAAACUUUUCUAUUUGGUAUCUUUCCUGUUAAGUUUAGAACUCAUUUAGAUUGAUUUAUUAUGGUGGGGGAGAGAAAGAUAUAUAGGCCUAUAGAGAGAGAUUCAGAGACAGAGAGAGGAGGGGGGCAUGCGGACCUUAUAUCGAUGAAUUGUUAAUUAUUACUUUCUUUAAAUCUCAUAUUUUAAAUUGAUUCGUUUUAAUUUUAAUUCAGUUUUUUUUCAGUUU